CAUCGUCAACAUCGAACGCGCAAAGCUGACGUGCCGUUCGCGGCCGGGCGCUAUGUACGCUGAUGCUCGACGCUUCGGCCAUGCUCCGAAGGCAUCACGAUGACCGGCUACCGCUGCUGGCAUACACUACUAUGCUGGGUAAGCUCAUCCUAUAGGGGUCUGCGUUCGCGUACAUAUGACAGUCGGCAUAGCUACGACAAGAAACCUCAUAUACCUCAAAACCUAUCCAAUCCCUUCUUUUUGAAUCGUUCACGCAAGGUCAUAGCUCGACAACAGCCUCGGUCAUGGCGGAACUCACUCUUUACAACUCAAUUCGGGAGAAGAUGCUCCGCGACGAAGUAGCCUACACGCUGUCCGUGAAGCUUGUUCGCAGCGUUGAGCUACCGAUGAUGGCGAAGACCGCGGGGUUUGAUGGCAUUCUCAUUGACAUGGAGCACUCGACCUUUGACUUGGAUACAACCAGCCAAAUAUGCAUUGCAGCUCUUUACGCCGGCAUUUCACCUAUAGUACGCGUCCCAUCCAAAGACCCCUUCUUCGUCUCUCGGGUACUUGACGGAGGUGCCAUGGGCGUUAUAGUCCCGCACAUCCGCUCUGUACAAGACGCCAAAGACGUGGUGGGCGCCGCCAAAUUCCAGCCCCUCGGGCAUCGAUCCUCAACCAACAACAUGCCACAAUUCCAGUACCGACACCUCGCCGCCAAGGCGAUGAGUCCUGUGUGCAAUCGCGAAACCCUCGUCAUCCCGAUGGUGGAAACGCUUGAAGCAGUUGAAUGUGUUGAUGAGCUAGCCGCCGUCGAAGGCGUUGACAGUCUACUGAUCGGCACCAACGAUAUGUGCGCCGAGCUGGGUAUCCCGGGACAAUACGAGAGUCCGCAACUACUUGAAGUGUAUGAGAAGACGAUAAACGCUUGCAAAAAGCACGGCAAAUGGGUCGGUGUAGGAGGCCUACACUCAAGAUUAGAUCUUGUCGAGAAGUUCUGCAAUAUGGGAGCGCGAUGGGUUAUGGCGGCGACGGAUGGACCGCUGCUACUCGGUGGAGCUACGAAGAGAGCAAGUGAGAUGGCACAACUCAACGCAAGAGUCAAGAGCUCUGCUGAGGUGACUCAGCCUCAGACCAAUGGUACCACCAUUGGGUCGACUAACGGAAUUAUCAAUGGGUUGAAGGAAAAGGCCAAUGUGACGGUAGAAGAAUUGAGGGUGAAAGACUACGUCAACGGCCAUGAGAGCACAUUAACAAGCUCCUAAAUGUCAUUCUUUCUGUUUUAGAUGAAUUGUUCUUCAUUCAAUUCUUUAUCAUGUCCAGCGUACCGAACCCGUAUCAUGAUCGGGAUAAAUUCAUUCUCACUGAGUUCUGC